GCCCCCUCCUCCCCUUCCUUCCCGGCUCCGGCCCCUCCCCCGGGCGGCGCGUCCGGACUCCGUGCCGGACCCGAAGUCCACUCCUCCGCCUCGGGACCUCCGGCGAGGCCCCCCGUCCCUCGCCCUCCACCGCCUCCCCGCCCCGGACCGGCUCGGACCGGCGCCCCGCCCGCCCAGCCACCGGUCCUCCGGUCGCAGGACCGUCCCGGGAAGAGAUGGGGGCGGGCAGGAGCCCCGUCGGCCCGCUCUUCCCGCCGCUGCGCUGCCUGGCGGUGGCGGCCCUGGUCCUGGGCUGUCCCGGGGCCCGCGGACUGCCCGAGGAGGAAGAGCCCAGGGACGUAGUUACCGUCAUGGAAUUCCAAGAGGCGAUCUUAGGGUGCAAGGCCCCGAGGAAGACGGCGGCCUCCAGGUUGGAGUGGAAGAAGCUGGGACGCGGCCUCUCCUUCGUCUACUACCAAGAGGCGCUUCAAGGGGAUUUCCGGUCCCGGGCGGAGAUGAUCGGCCCCGACAUCCGGAUCAAGAACGUCAGCCGGGGGGACGCCGGUCGCUACCGCUGUGAGGUCAGCGCGCCCUCGGACCGCGGACGGCACCUCCAGGAGCAGUCCCUCCUCCUCCGAGUGCUCGUGGCCCCGGCCGUGCCGGGAUGCCAGGUGCCCAGCUCGGCCCCGAGCGGGACCGUCGUGGAGCUGAGGUGCCGAGAGGAAGAGGGCUUCCCCGCGUCCGAGUACUCCUGGUUCCGGGACGGGGCGCGGCUGCCGGACGGCCCCACGGGGCGCCUCGCCGUCACCAACAGCUCCUACACGCUCGACCGCGAGUCGGGGACCCUGCAGUUCGACGCCGUCUCGACGCUGGACAGCGGGGUGUACGUCUGCGAGGCCCGCAACGCCGUCGGAUCGCGCAGCUGCCCGGGGAAGAUGAUGCGAGUCGACGACCUCAACGUGGGUGGAAUCGUGUCGGCGGCCCUGGUCGCGAUCUCGGCCACGGCGUCGUGCGGGCUGGGCGUCCGCUACGCGCAGAAGAGGGGAUACCUCUCCAAACGAAGCUCGCUCCAGAGGGACGGCCCGGACUCGAAAGCCGCUCCCGGGAACGAAAGCGAUUUCAGACACACCAGAUCCUUCGUCAUUUAGAAGCCCCCGCGAGAGGCCCCCAAGAGGAGACCCCCCGCCCCAGCCCCCCCGCUCACCCGAGUGCGCCGGGCCACUUCCGGAGCCGGUC